CCCAUUUCAGUGUAGAAAGAAAGCCCAAUUAUUAGUGGCGGUUGUUCGUUAGCCAAUGAAAAGACGCCACGUAAGCAAGCUUAGUGUAGUAUCGGGAACAGUGUAUAAUUUUGAGGUUCGUCUUCAUCUACAACCUUCUUUCUUCACCCACCUUUAUCAAUGGUGAUAGAUGCUCAGCUGAACCUUCUUUUCUUUGGACUUAUCAUCCGAUUCUGAUCUCUUCCCUCUUCGCUCUACAGGGGAGGGAAGACGAAGAAGAAGAAGAAGAAGAAGAACCAGUCUCGGCUGAUAGAGAUGGAGAACAAAGAUACAGGGUGCCAAGUACCACCAGGUGCUCCCAAACUUUGUGCCAACAACUGUGGAUUCUUUGGAAAUGCAGCAACCAUGAACUUUUGCUCUAAGUGCCACAAAGACUUCAUACUGAAACAAGAACAAUCGAAACUUGCUGCCUCAUCUAUUGGGAGCAUUGUUAAUAGCGGUACCACCAUCGACAAAAGCAGCGAGCAUCUUCCAAUCGAAGUAGAACUAAAAGUUGGCUCAACCAAUUCAAUUCUCAUUUCGACACAGACACCCUGCACUUCAUCUUUGAACACAAACAACGAGGAGAAGAACAACAACAACGCGAAAGAGAGUCCAAAUAGAUGCGGAACAUGCAGGAAACGAGUUGGCCUAACGGGGUUCAGUUGCAGGUGCGGAAAUCUCUUCUGUGCAUCACAUCGUUACUCUAAUAAACAUGAUUGCGCUUAUGAUUACCGAACCGCUGCUCAGGCUGCUAUAAGAAAAGCCAAUCCUAUUGUCAAAGCAAAGAAGCUAGACAAAAUCUGAAAAAGGAAGGUUCAUUCAUGUGCUGCUCUUCUUUAUCUUAUCUAUAAUAUCCCAUAAAAGCUUUAUAUUUUAAGUUUGAUGUUUAUCUUUUUUGUGUUAUAGAAAUGUUGAAAGCCAACUCAAUUAUUCAUAAAGCUAAUAUAUAUUACCACUUUGGUUUCAUUA